UACUCUUAGUUCUCUUCAGCUGCUUAACUAACUGUGCUUCCAAUGUGCGCAACUUAAAGAUAAGGCGACAGGAGUUGGUAAUAUCCCCGGAGGAGCCCUCCAAGUCAUCACCAUAUUCCACACGCCUCCUGUUAUUGCUUUACUUCCUCUGUUAAACUGAUAUUGUCUUGCUUCAACGACACACUGGUCUGUUCGCACUUCAGGCGCGGGACAGCAUGACUGGUGGACUCAAGGACGGCGAAACUGACGAGGGAUUUCUGCACUCGCAGUUCAUCAGGAAACAAGGGAACAUAUACAAACCAAAUAACAAAGAAAUGGAUAACGACAGUAUGAGCGGGAUGAAGACGAUGCAGGACGUCCACACGAAAGAGAUCGACCUGGUGAACCGGGACCCCAAGUACUUAAACGACGACGUUGUCAAGGUGGAGUUCGAGGAUGUGAUCGCGGAGCCUCCAGGGACAUACAGCUUCGACGGCGUGUGGAAGGCUAGCUUCACCACCUUCACGGUGACCAAGUACUGGUGCUACCGUCUCCUUACCGCCCUGGUGGGCAUCCCGCUGGCGCUGGUCUGGGGCAUCUUCUUCGCCAUCCUGUCCUUCAUCCACAUCUGGGCGGUGGUGCCGUGCAUCAAGAGCUAUCUGAUCGAGAUCCACUGUGUCAGCCGUGUUUACUCCAUCUGCAUCCACACCUUCUGCGAUCCUCUGUUUGAAGCCAUGGGCAAGUGCUUCAGCAGCGUCCGCAUCAGCACCACCAAGGGGGUGUAGAAAAGAGGGGGAAGAAAAGGAAAAUGAAUGGAGGAUGGUGGGAAUGAGGUGAGGGCUGGAAACCAUAACAGAUUGUAAAGGGAGAGAAGACACCUGAAGAAACUGAAAGAAAAGAGAGGGAGCAACCUUUUUUGAUAAAAGAAGAGGUGAGACAUUUCUAGAGCUGUGGGCGGGAUGUUGGCGAUGAGGGGGCGGAGACAGAGAGUACCUUGCCCCGCCUCUCUUUCUCCGUCUCCCUCGAUGACUAUCGUUUCUCUCUCCAGUGCUGGUUUAACCAACAGGGGCACAUGAUUAUGUCAAGUCAUUCCUUGGGGUUUUUGUUUUUAUUUUGUUAGUGUUGUUUAUCAUUGCAGGAGCACCACCACGCUAGCGCCACCGACACUCUACCCCCCCCCCCCCCCCCCACACUCUAUUAUUCCGAAAUGAUGUGUGAUCCUCUCUCUGAUUAUAGCUUGUUGAAUGAAGGGUAUGAUUGAUUGAAUCAUUGAUUGAUUGAUUAGUUCGUUAAUUGAUUGAUACUCUCAUAUGAUGGAUGUUGGUGUUCUCUGCUGGGUUUGUGUUACUAUUUUUGGGAGGGUAAUGCUUUGGGUGCGGGGAAGGGAUAUCCCUGUGCCUGUCCCAUUGCGUUGUUUGGAGAGAGUUGACAAAUCCCACCUGACACAGCACAAAAUCCUAGAGCCAAAACCCUCUCAACACCCCUCUCAGUCCCACUACCCCCACCUGACCCCCUCACACACCCUCCACCCCGCUAUGCCUGCCAUGACUCCUAGUCUGAAACACUGAACCUGCCCUUGUUUCUGCAUUCACCAGCACCUCUACAAAGCCACCGAGCCAACCAACACACUGCUGUCAGUCUGCAUGCCCUGACAGACAGACAGGCAGACACACAGGUAUAAGACAACCACACAAUGACAUCAUAAUCACUCUCUCCAUCAACACUCUUGUUUUGUUCCAGCUCCAAUCCAAGCAAGAGAGAUGAAAUUCUAUGACAACAACCAAGUCUCCGAACGAAACAGCCUUCGUGGUAUAUACCAUUUUUCUAUGUGACAGAGAAUGUUUUUUUCAUGUUUGCCUUUGAAUCUCCCAAAAAAUAUCUUUGUUUCAUUACAUUCACACCUAGGGAUCUUCUUUGAAACCGUUUGAGGUCUCUUCCCUGGAGAGGGAGGGUUGAACUUUCAAUGUCGAUGCACGUUUGCUGUAGCCGUAGCUAAAUAACCAUGUUUUUUCUACACUUAUUGAAGAUGAAGAACUUUCGUUUUGAGAUUUGUUUGCCCAAUGUAUGCAACUUUUGAGAUGUGUUGUCUUUUUAUUUUUUUUACUCCACAAUGAGUUUUGAGAGUAUUCCCUGAUUGAAUAGUAUGGUCUGGUGUAGACUUCUGCUUAUUGACUGUCGACCACAGGAGGCUGCUGAGGCGAGGACAGCUCAUAAUGGCUGGAUGUGUUCGAUACCAUUUAAUCCGUUCCAGCUAUUACUAUGAGCCCGUCCUCCCUAAUUAAAGUGCCACCAGCCACCUGUGCUGUCGGCAGCUCCAACCAAGGACUAUCAGCUAAUACAGUCCCCUCGGGAAGUAUUCAGACCUCUUCACUUUUUCCACAUUUUGUUACAUUACAGCAUUAUUCUAAAAAUGAUUUAAUUAUUUUAAAAACCUCAUCAAUCAUCAGAAUGUCCUCAUCAAUCUACACACAAUACCCCAUAAGGACAAAGCGAAAACAGGUUGUUUGAAAUUUUUGCAAAUGUAUUCAAAAUAUAAAACAGAAACACCUUAUUUAUAUAAGUAUUCAGACCCUUUGCUAUAAGACUCAAAAUUGAGAUCAGUUGCAUUCUGUUUCCAUUGAUCAUCCUUGAGAUGUUUCUACAACUUGAUUGGAGUCCACCUGUGGUAAAUUCAAUUGAUUGGACAUGAUUUGGAAAGGCACACACCUGCAUAUAUAAGUUCCCAAAGUUGACAGUGCAUGUCAGAGUAAAAACCAAGCCGUGAGGUUGAAGGAAUUGUCCUUAGAGCUCCGAGACAGGAUUGUGUCGAGGCACAGAUCUGGGGAAGGGUACCAAAUCAUUUCUACAGCAUUGAAGGUCACCAAGAACACAGUGACCUCCAUCAUUCUUAAAUGGAAGAAGUUUGGAACCACCAAGACUCUUCCUAGAGCUGGCCGCCCAGCCAAACUGAGCAAUCGGGGGAGAAGGGUCUUGGUCAGCGAGGUGACCAAGAACCCGAUCGUCACUCUGACAGAUCUCCAGAGUUCCACUGUGGAGAUGGGAGAACCUUACAGAAGGACAACCAUCUCUGCAGCACUCCACCUAUCAGGCCUUUAUGGUAGAGUGGCCAGAUGGAAGCCACUCCUCAGUAAAAGGCACAUGACCGCCCUCUUGGAGUUUGCCAAAAGGCACCUAAAUACUCUCAGACCAAACAAGAUUCUCUAGUCUGAUGAAAGCAAGAUUGAACUCUUUGGCCUGAAUGCCAAGCGUCACAUCUGGAAGAAGCCUGGUCACCAUCCCUAUGGUGAAGCAUGGUGGUGGCAGCAUCAUGCUGUGGGGAUGUUUUUCAGCAACAGGGACUGGGAGACUAGUCAGGAUUGAUGGAAAGAUGAAUGGAGCAAAGUACAGAGAGAUCCUUGAUGAAACUUUGCUCCAGAGCGCUCAGGACCUCAGAAUGGGGCAAAGGUUCACCUUCCAACAGGACAAUGACCCUAAGCACACAGCCAAAACAAUGCAUAAGUGGCUUUGGGACAAGUCUUUGGAUGUCCUUGAGUGGCCCAGUCAGAGCCACCCACUUCCAGUAGCCAAACGAACAUCUCUGGAGAAACCUGAAAAUAGCUGUGCAGCGACACUCCCCAUCCAACCUGACAGAUCUUGAGGAUCUGCAGAGAAGAAUGGGAGGAUCUCCCCGAAUACAGGUGAGCCGAGCUUGUAGCGACAUACCCAAGAAGACUCGACACUGUAAUCACUGCCAAAGGUGCUUCAUCAAAGAUCUGAGUAAAGUGUCUGAAUACUUAUGUGAAUGUGAUAAUUCAUUAUUUUUAUUUUUAUAUAUAUAAAUUAGCAAAUAUUUCUAAACUGUUUUUGCUUGGUCAUUAUGGGUGUAUUUUGUGUAGAUUGAUGAGGGGGGGGAAACGAUUUAAUACAUCUUAUAAUAACGCUGUAACAAUAACAAAAUGUGUUAAAAGUCAAGUGGUCUGAAUACUUUCCAUUACAUUACAUUUUACAUUUAAGUCAUUUAGCAGACGCUCUUAUCCAGAGCGACUUACAAAUUGGAAAGUUCAUACAUAUUCAUCCUGGUCCCCCCAUGGGAAUUGAACCCUGGUCCCCCCGUGGGAAUUGAACCCACAACCCUGGCGUUGCAAGUGCCAUGCUCUACCAACUGAGCCACACGGGACCGUGUGCACCGAAUGCACUGUAGAUCUCCCACCCCUGAAAUCACUGCUGUUUGAUAGUGAAUGGGGGCAUGUUUUUUAAUAUACUGACACGAAGCACACUUUGUCUGCGUCCCAAAUGCCCCCUAUUCCCUAUAUAGUGCAUUAUGCUGUAUAAGGAAUCGGGUGCCUUUCGGGAAGCACAAUUUGACUGUCACCUUUUUCCUACCUGCUCUCUGUGAGGAUGGUAAAUAUUAGCACGUUGCUUGAUUGAAUGAAAAAGGUCAUAUGUAUUUUUAUAUUAAAAUGACAUUUUCCUUUCCUUGCUUUUACUGUACAAUCUCACAUCACGCUGUGCACAUUAAAAUGUAAUAUAAUCCCAUCUGCUAGUGAUGCUUGCUUGUUAGGUUUGUUUUGUUUUGUAAAUCAGUCUCUCAUUGGGGAGAGGUGAUUUGUUGUUAUAUGACUCUGACCUUCGUUUGUCCAUAGAUAGAAUGUGAUAUUUAGACUACAUUGUGCAAAUACACCUACACUACCGUUCAAAAGUUGUGUCACUUAGAAAUGUUCUUGUUUUUUUAAAGAAAAGCACCUUUUGUCCAUUAAAAUAACAUCAAAUUUAUCAGAAAUAUAGUGUAGACAUUGUUAAUGUUGUAAAUGACUAUUGUAGCUGGAAAGGGAUGAUUUUUUUAUGGAAUAUCUACAUAGGCGUACCGAGGCCUAUUAUCAUCAAUCAUCACUCCUGUGUUCCAAUGCCACGUUGUGUGAGCUAAUCCAAGUUCAUCAUUUUAAAAGACUAAUUGAUCAUUAGAAAACCCUUUUACAAUUAUGUUAGCACAGCUGAAAACUGUUGUUCUGAUUUAAAGAAGCAAUAAAACUGGCCUUCUUCAGACUA